AUGCUGUCCUACAUAGCCGCUGCCUUCCGGUCCCCAUCGCCAGAAGAAGGCGUACAGCAGCGACCCCCACGGUAUACCGGUGAAGAUACUACCCCGACCAGCCGCCGGGAGAUCCUAGGAUGGUAUUCGUACGGAAUUGCAGCUGAGGUGUUCGCAGUCUGUGGCGUAGGCUCUUUCCUACCACUCACCUUGGAACAAUUAGCCCGAGAGCGCGGCACCCUACAAACGAGCCGACUUCCAUGUCUUGGAUCAUCGGCAGGGAACAGCACGCAUGAUGCCGAAAAUGGCCAAUGUGUGGUCCCAGUCUUCGGCCUUGAGAUCAACACAGCCAGCUUCGCCAUGUACACAUUCUCGCUGGCAGUACUGAUACAGGCGCUGACACUGAUAUCGUUCAGCGCGCUGGCGGAUUACGAGAACAACCGCAAGACAUUGCUUAUGGUAUUCGGGUUCGCCGGUUCGCUCGCCAGCAUGUUGUUUGUAUUCAUUGCACCGCCGAUCUUUAUUCUCGGUUCGAUAUUGGUCGUCGUUGGUGUGACCUGUCUUGGUUCAUCCUUUGUUGUGCUGAAUUCUUACCUGCCUGUGCUUGUUGCCAACGACCCAUCUCUGCAAAAUGGGAAUGGAGCAGAAAUGUCGAGCUUCGAUCGAGAUGGGGGUAAUUCGGAAUGGAAUGCUUGGGGCAAUGACGAUGCCGACGAUGAUAGUUUAGAUGGGCUUCAGCCAUCGGAACAGCCGCAGAGUACGCUCGAAGGUGGAAUGGGAUCCAAUGCCCCGCCCUCAUCCUCACCAGAGCUGCAGCUGUCCACUAAAAUCUCCUCCAGAGGGAUCGGUCUUGGAUAUUGUGCAGCAGUCUUUGUGCAAAUCAUCAGCAUUAUCAUGCUCAUCACAUUGUCCAAGACCUCUCUUGCGAAAGCAUCUCCCUCUCUUCCCAUGCGGUUCGUGUUGCUCUUGGUCGGCAUCUGGUGGGGCGCAUUCACAUUGGUCACUCGGAAUUUGCUCAAGACACGGCCGGGGCCUCGGCUAGAUUCGGUCUCCACCAAAAGCGCCAGAAAAUUCCGGGCCUGGCUGCGGCUGAUGGGUUUUGCCUGGAAAUCCCUAUGGAAGACCGUCAAAGUAGCCAUAAAACUCCGCGAAGUCGUUAUCUUCCUCGUAGCAUGGUUCCUACUCUCCGAUGCGAUUGCCACUGUCUCCGGGACGGCGAUUCUCUUCGCGCGCACGGAACUCAAACUGAGCACCCCCCUGGUCGGGCUCCUCUCGAUCACCGCUACGGUGUCCGGGAUGACGGGUGCAUUCCUGUGGCCACACGUGUCACGAUACUUCGGCCUGCAGCCGAAUCAGACUAUCAUUUUGUGCAUUGCCAUGUUUGAGUUAAUCCCACUUUACGGGUUGCUUGCCUAUAUCCCCUUCAUCAAAAACUGGGGUGUGUUCGGGUUACAACAGCCGUGGGAAAUAUUCCCGCUAGCCAUCGUGCACGGAGUAGUAUCGGGUGGACUAGCGUCAUACUGCCGAUCGUUCUUCGGACUUUUAAUUCCCCCGGGUAAUGAGGCUGCGUUCUAUGCUCUUUAUGCUGCUACAGACAAGGGGAGUUCAUUUAUUGGACCAGCUAUUGUGGGGGUACUUGUUGAUGCGACCGGGCAAGUGCGGAGUGGGUUUUUCUUCAUUGCAGUUUUAAUACUUCUCCCGAUUCCCCUCGUGUGGAUGGUUAAUGCAGACAAGGGUCGGCGUGAAGGUUUGGCUAUGGGUGAGACCCUGGGCAAGUCACAUGGCGGGCCCGCCGAGUAUGCCCAGGAAGCCGAAGGGCUUCUGGCUCGCGAGUAG